AAAGGUUCGCGGCUCCGACGGCGUCACAGGAGCGGCGCUUUGGGGCGAGCGGUGACUCAGAGCCGCUCGGAGCGGGCUCCGUCCCGCCUGCUCCGCACCCAGCGGGAGCCCCGCGCCGCGGCUCCGGGCAGGGGCGGCCGAGGCGCUGCCGGCCGCGGGGACAGCCCCGCCACGCUCCCGCCCUACGGAACGGCGGAUAGCCCCAAGAGGAAGAAAGCAGAAUGUCACACAAGCACCUGAAAGAAGCCUUCGUCAGUAACCUGAACGGAACCAGCCUGCUGGAGGUCUCCCUGGGCACGGCGCUGGCCCCGCUCUGCCUGCUUUGCAGAGGGCUCCUCUUGGUGCUGUGCUGCCAGCAGCGCGGGAAGCCCCUGCGCUCGAGGACGUCCGGCCUGCUGCUGGACUUCGGCGUGCUGGUCGCCCCUCUCCUGUUCUCCUGCACAGUCCUGUCUCCAGUGUUGUUCCUGGUUCCAGCCAUCCUUGCAGCCUUCUGUGUGGGAAUAUUUUCUAAAAUAUACCGCCAAACACAGUGUGACACCCGAGUGCCUUUCAGGCAAACGGUCAAAGAUUUUCAGAAGACGCACCUGGAUCCAGACUACGUUCCGGCGAUAACCGUGUUCCGUGUUUAUAUCAAUGUGUUGACUUCCAUCAGUAUCUUAGCAGUGGAUUUCCCACAGUUUCCACGACGAUAUGCCAAAGCCGAGACCUAUGGAACAGGAGCUAUGGAUCUGGGGGUGGGAGCUUUCAUUUUCGGUAACGCUCUGGUUUGUCCCGAAGUUAGACAAAAGGCCUCUGUGGCGCAACCCAAAUUCUCCAAUCUGGCCAAGCAGCUUUUUGCCAUUUGGCCGUUGGUUGUUCUUGGUGUUGGACGACUCCUUAGUGUUAAAUCUAUAGAGUACCACGAGCACACUUCAGAGUAUGGAGUGCAUUGGAAUUUUUUCUUUACCUUAGCACUUGUCAGGCUUGCAGCAUCUCUGCUGUUAGCCAUAUUUCCCAAAAACAAGUCUUGGAUCGUGGCUGUGACUCUCGCUGUAUUUUAUCAGCUCAUUCUUAAUGUUACUUCUCUGAAGACAUUUGUCUUGCACGGCAGUGACGGCAAAGAUACUAGGACCGGCUUUUUAAAUGCCAACAGGGAAGGGCUGCUGUCCCUCUUUGGGUACCUAGCCAUAUACAUGGCAAGUGUGCAGGUGGGGCUCUAUCUGCUGAAGCGCAGAGACUCAGUCAAAGACUGGAUGGGAGCAGCGUGCCUCCUGCUGCUGGCAGCUCUUGUGCUCUUUGUGCUUCUUCACGUGUCCCAGGCCCACGCAGACCCCGUGUCCCGCCGCAUGGCCAAUCUCUCCUACUGCUUGUGGGUCAUCGCUCACUGCCUGACCUUCUUUGUCAGCUUUGUGGUGGCCGAUCUCAUGUUGGUGUUCACAAAGCUUCUCGUGAGGGGCUCCGCUGUGCCCUCAUGCUGGCGUGCUGUGAAGGCGCUGGAGAGCAGGGAACAGCGGCAGGCAGAGGCUGUGCACGUCUGCCUGAUCGCUGCCGUUAAUAAAAAUCAGCUGCUGUUUUUCUUGCUAGCAAAUGUUCUGACUGGUGCCGUGAAUGUAAUGGUAGAUACCAUCCACUGCAAGGCUGCACUAACAUUAUGUAUACUGCACUUGUAUAUGUUUUUUAAUUGUUUCAUUGUGUAUAUAUUGCACGCCAAAAAUAUAGUACUAAAAUUUUGGUGAUUCCACCCUGUCUUAAGGGGACUAGCUAUACUUUUCUAUACAUUAAUGGAAAAAGAAGAAUCUUUCCUAUAUUUAUCGAUAACAUAGAUACAAUAUUUUAUAAUGUAGUAUUUAUAACAGCUUUUUAUGACUUGGGGAUAUUUAUUGUUAUUUUUAUGCAUUCGUUUUUACAUUUUGUUUCACCAAACCGUGCGGUCAGUGCUGUUACCUGUUGAAGUUGCUCAUUUUCCUGAAAACCGUUAUUUUGGUCAUUUGCUGAAUACUUGUGCUGAUAGAAAAACAUUAACGUACAUCUUUCUGUAAGCAUAUAUGCAGAAGAGUAAUGUUAUGUGAUUAGUGAAUUCAAGAGGUACGUUUACAUCUGAGUGCUGGUAAAAUUCAGUAACAAUGUAUAGAGUAGAAGCCAGAUGAAAGAAAAUGAGUAAUUAUAUAGAGAGAGACUUAACUGUGAAGAUUUAGCUAGUUAAGGUCCUUGCAUAAAUAGAUAAGAGUAAUUCUUUAUAUAAAAUGCAUCGAGUAAGUGGAUGCUUUAAAAUGUUUUGGCCCCGGAAAGAUUUAUGUGUAUAUUCAACUUUGACAGCAGUAAUGGUAUGUGGAAUGUUAAUCAUAGAUUGAAAUCUAAAUUAACUCUUGAAUUAAAGCUAAAUUUAUUUUCACCUUCAGUACUGAAUGUAAA